UCGCUGCGGCCAGUCUUGGGCGUCCGGGCGCUCAAAUGGCCAAGUGGCUACGGGACUACCUGAGCUUUGGGGGUCGGAGGCCCCCUCCGCAGCCGCCCACCCCGGACUACACCGAGAGCGACAUCCUGAGGGCCUACCGCGCGCAGAAGAACCUGGACUUCGAGGACCCCUAUGAGGACGCGGAGAGCCGCUUGGAGCCGGACCCCGCGGGCCCUGGGGACUCCAAGAACCCCGGAGAUGCCAAGUAUGGCUCUCCCAAGCACCGGCUCAUCAAGGUGGAGGCUGCGGAUAUGGCCAGAGCCAAGGCCCUUCUGGGCGGCCCCGGGGAGGAGCUGGAAGCCGACACUGAGUAUUCAGACCCUUUUGAUGCUCAGCCUCAUCCUGCACCCCCGGAUGAUGGGUACAUGGAGCCCUAUGAUGCCCAACGGGUCAUGAGUGAACUUCCCGGCAGAGGGGUGCAGCUCUAUGACACCCCUUAUGAGGAACAGGACCAAGAGACAGCAGAUGGACCCCCUUCUGGGCAGAAGCCUCGGCAGAGCCGGAUGCCCCAGGAGGAUGAACGGCCAGCAGAUGAGUAUGAUCAGCCCUGGGAGUGGAAGAAAGACCACAUCUCCAGGGCAUUUGCAGUGCAGUUUGACAGUCCAGAGUGGGAGAGGACUCCAGGCUCAGCCAAGGAGCUCCGGAGACCUCCACCCAGAAGCCCCCAGCCUGCAGAGCGUGUGGACCCAGGCCUGCCCCUGGAGAAACAGCCGUGGUUUCAUGGCCCCCUGAACAGGGCGGAUGCGGAGAGCCUCCUGUCCCUCUGCAAGGAAGGCAGCUACCUAGUGCGGCUCAGCGAGACCAGCCCCCAGGACUGCUCCUUGUCUCUCAGGAGCAGCCAGGGCUUCCUGCAUCUGAAGUUCGCGCGGACCCGAGAGAACCAGGUGGUGCUGGGUCAACACAGCGGGCCCUUCCCCAGCGUGCCCGAGCUCGUCCUCCACUACAGUUCACGCCCACUGCCGGUGCAGGGUGCCGAGCAUCUGGCUCUGCUGUACCCCGUGGUCACGCAGACCCCCUGACAGCAACCCUCGGCCCCCUUUUGAGUCCUCGGGCCCAGAAUUGUAUCCCAAAGCCCUCCCA